CUGACAUACUAUUGACACCGAUACCAUAAAAGUAAUAAAUUUAUUAAAUUAUUAUUUAUAAAAUAAUGGACACCAGGCUAACUGGUUUGAAUUCUAAUAACAAUGAUGAUGAAGAUCGUCUACCUGAUACACUACUACCAGGUGAUGAAUCACAAUCACAGUCAUCAUCAUCAUCAUUACCAAAUAAAAGUUCAUUUGACACAUGGGCUUUACUUAUGCCAUGUUGUCAAAGCCAACUUGAUCAACAUGAUCCAUAUCAUAACAAUAAUCGAAAGCCACUUGAUUCAUUUUGUCUCAUUAAAAAUGAAUAUACAGCUGGACGAUUGAAACAUUUGGAUAUACAAUUUAAUGAAAAAAACACAGAUUCAAAAAGAUUACUUCAAACAAGUAAAACACAAUUUAUAAUUAAACGUGAAAGAGUAACAAAUUAUAAAACAGCUGAUUAUGAAGGUGAUUUUGUUGUUUUUAUUUAUGACAAAAGUAUGAAUGGUACAUAUAUCAAUAAAAGAAAACUAAAGGAUAAAAAACGCAUACUACUUCAUUAUGAUACAAUAAGUAUUGCCAAACCUGAUUAUAAAGUCUUCAAGUACAUGGAAUGUACAAAUUUAGUUGAUAUGACACCAGAGUUGACUAAAAAUUACGUGGCUUUGAGAGUUUUAGGAUAUGGUAUUUAUGGACCAGUUACAUUAAUAUAUUCAAAAACUGAUUAUUGUCCAUUGGCAUUAAAAUGUUCAAGAACAAAUAGCAUAGAUGAGAGAGCUUAUCAAGAUAAUUUUAUGAAUGAAGUUGAUAUAUUAAAAGGAUUAAAACAUCCAAAUGUUAUUAAAAUAGUACAUGAAAUAAAUACAGAAUCUGAAAUUUGUAUCAUGCUUGAGUUCAUGCAAGGUGGUAAAUUAUUUGAUAGAAUUACCAAAAAUGGUGGUUUAUCAGAAAAACUAACGAAAUUUUAUUUCUAUCAAAUUGCAACUGCUGUUGAGUAUCUUCAUGACAAAGGAAUAACACAUCGUCAUCUUAAACUAGAAAAUAUAUUAUUAUUAGAUAAUGAUGAAUAUACACUUGUCAAAUUAACUGAUUUUGGUUUCUCAGAACGGAUUAAUCAUGAAGUAAAGAUUAAGAAAUUUCAUAGUACAUCAUAUUAUGAUGCACCAGAAAUAUUGAAAAACGAAGAAAAAACACAGUAUACAAGUCAAGUAGAUGUAUGGAGUUUGGGUGUUAUGUUGUAUGUUAUGUUGAGUGGCUGUCUACCAUUUACAAAAAGAGGAAAUAAAGAUCUUUUGGAUGUGAUUAGAGAAGGCACAUAUGAUUUUACACCAGAUAUAUUUAAAAAUAUAUCUGUAGAAGCCAAAAAUUUGAUUGAUAAGAUGCUAACGGUCAAUCCAAACGAUCGUUACACAGCUCCAAGAGUUCUUUCAAGUUCAUGGCUGGAUGAUACAGAACUAAUGGAAAAAAUUUCACACACUUUAAAACCGCAUAUUAAUAUUGAUAAUAAUGAUAAUGAUAAAAUUAAAAGUCAAAAUUUUGAUAGAGGAAUUGGUAGCAAAUGA